UGGCCUCAGAGUUUGUUUAUUGCAGUGCUGGGGAUGGAACCAAGAGCCUUGUGCUUGCCCCGUAAGCGCUCUCUACCCAUGAGCUAUAUCUCCAAUCAACCCUUUUUUAUUUUAAGACAUGUCUAAAUUGGCUAGGCUAUUAUUAACUUGCAAUCCUCCUGCAUCACCCUCCCGAAUCGUGCGCUUUUUUCUUUUUAACAUUUUUAGUUAUUAAUACAAUGCCUUUAUUUUAUCUGUUUAUAUAUGGUGCCAAGAGUCUAACCCAGGGUCUCGAAUGUGCUAGGCGAGCGCUCUACCGCUGAACCACAACCCCAGCCCCAGCCCUGCCGUCUUUUUGUAAGGUUUAUUUUUUGCAGCACUGGAAAUGGGUCCCCAAAAUCCAGGCCAGCGCUGCACACUGAGCCGCAGCACAUCCCCAGGUUGUGCAUAGCCAAUUUGGGGCGUCAAGGUCAUCCCUUAGCUUCAUCUUAUUUUUACUUCCCUGUAACCCCGCCGUACUACCUCCUUCAUUUUACCAAGUGCUACCUUGAACUAACCUAUUGACACUGUCGGGAGACUGCGGAGAUGAAGCACCUUUAGCGCGGAACCUGGCGGGCUGAAGCCGCGGGUGAGCCAGGACCGCCCUUCCCCUCCCGCAGUCCGCGGACCACCGAUGGCUUGGCUCCGUGGAGUCCUAGACCAGCCCCGGAAAUGCGUGGGGCGGGGCUUCAUCCCGUUUCCGGCUCGGUCUCCAGGGAAGGGCUGCCUGCGCAUGCGCAGCUAGAUCGUCUCGCCCCCAGGCCCCGUCUCCGGCUGGUCGGCGCACUACGCUGCUGCUAGCUGCCGAGCUCGGUCUUGGGGCCCGACGCUUCCUGCAAGCCGGCACCGAGGGGUCGUGGCUCUGAGCUUAGUGGGUCCUGGCUCCACAGCCCCUCGGACCGUGAAUCCGCAUCCAGGAGCGCGCCGGGCGGUCCCAGGGCGCGAUGCCGCUGACUUUCCAGGACGUGGCAGUGUACUUCUCCCCAGCGGAGGGGCAGCAGCUGGGGCCCCAGCAGCGGGCGCUGUACCGGGAUGUGAUGCUGGAGAACUAUGGGAACGUGGCCUCCCUAGGAUUCCCUGUCCCUAAGCCAGAGCUGAUCUCCCAGCUGGAGCAAGGCGAGGAGCUGUGGGUCAUGGAUCUUCUGGGGGCUGAAGAAUCAGAGGUCUUGAGAAACUGCCGAACAGAUUCUGAUACUGGGACUGAGAAGGAACUGUCCAUUCUAAACCAGGAAUGUUCUGAAGAUGUGAAGAGCCCAGCAUUUGUAUCAAGAAGAUUCUCAAGGGCCAAUUCACAGACACCUGUGUUCCAGGAUCCUUGGGACCUGGAGGGGAAGGGAGAAGGGAGCCUGGGAAACACUGCUGGCCAGAGUCUGAAGAAACCCCAUCUGCACAAGAGAGUUUUUAGAGAGGAAUCUGUCCUGUGUAGGGAGCAGCCUCCAAGAGAGAGUGUCCAGGAGUGUUCUUUAAAUGUUGAUAGACAUUUAAAUACAAACCAAAAUGUUGUUAGACUUCAAAGGAAUAAAACAGGAGAGAGAGUCUUUAAAUGUGAUAUAUGCAGCAAAACCUUCAAAUAUAAUUCAGACCUCCGUCGACAUCAUAGACGCCACACAGGGGAAAAGCCCUAUGAGUGCAGUUGGUGUGGGCGAGCCUUCACACACAGCGCGAGCCUCAUCCUGCACCGCCGAGUCCACACUGGCAGCAAACCAUUUAAAUGUGAAGAAUGUGGGAAGACUUUUGGGCUCAAUUCCUACCUCAUUCUGCAUCGGAGAAUUCACACUGGAGAAAGACCCUUUGGGUGCAGUGAAUGUGGGAAAGCCUUCAGUCGAAGCUCCAGCCUCAUUCAACAUCGUGUCAUUCACACAGGACAGAAGCCUCACAAGUGUGAGGAAUGUGGCAAGGCCUUUAGCCAGAGCCCCCAGUUAACUCAGCACCAGAGGAUCCACACUGGGGAGAAGCCGCACAAGUGCAGUCAGUGUGGCAAGGCCUUCAGCCGGAGCUCCAGCCUCAUUCAGCAUCAGAGAAUUCACACUGGGGAGAAGCCCCACAAAUGCAGUCAGUGUGGCAAGGCCUUCAGCCAGAGCUCCAGCCUUUUCCUCCAUCAUAGGGUCCACACUGGAGAAAAGCCCUACGUGUGCCAGGAGUGUGGCCGGGCCUUUGGUUUCAAUUCUCACCUUACUGAACACACACGGAUUCACACUGGAGAGAAGCCUUAUGUGUGUGGUGAGUGUGGCAGGGCCUUCAGCCGGAGUUCCACUCUGGUGCAGCAUCGCAGAGUGCACACAGGGGAGAAGCCAUAUCAGUGCUCUGAGUGUGGGAAAGCCUUCAGCCAGAGCUCCCAACUCACCCUGCACCAGCGUGUUCACACUGGCGAGAAGCCCUAUGAGUGCCGGGCCUGUGGGAAGGCCUUUAGCCGGAGGUCAACCCUCACACAGCAUCAGCACAUUCACACGGGAGAUAAUCCUCGCCAGCGUAGAAAGGGUGGCCCCAGCCUGAUGCCCACUGGAGAGCGACGUGGCAGAGCCUUCAGCCAUGGUGCAGACCUCAUUCUGCACUGGACAAUCCACACUGGUGAGAAAACCCUGGGGUGCAGUGAAUGUGGGAAGACUUUCAGCCCUACCCCACAACCCACUGAGUGCCAGAGAAACCGCCACGCUGGGGAGAAACCAUAUAAAUGUCAAGAAUGUGGAAAGGCUGUCAGCGGGGGUUCAGCCCUUACUCAACAUCAGGUAGCUCAUGUUGGAGAGAAGCCCCCUCUAAAUGAUGGUUCUGAAAGAUAUUUUAUUCAAAUUAAAAAGAUUUUCCAAGAGAGACAUUUUUAAGUUAUAAAAUUAGGAAACAGUUUAGCAAUUGUUCAUUUUAUGUUGGAUAGGCUAGCAAAAUGAAAGUUAAAUAAGAGGGUUUACAUAUUACCAGCAAAUCAAAAUAAACAGGUGGAUGACUAUUGAAGUCAUUAAAUUUGAAAGUAAACAUGAGAGAAUUCAAUCUGGAAAAUACUGUUGUAUAGAGGUUAUUGUUGUGCUCAGGGUGACCCCUGUCGCACCACUUUCAGACACUGAGAGGAGGGGAGCACCAAUAAUGAGCCACUGGCUCAGCCCCAAGGUGUCACCACCUUGUGUCUCCUUCCUGCCUGAGCUCAGCUUGUUAUUGGGAAUACCCAGUCCCAGUACCGCUGGGCAGGGUGAGCCUUUCCUUACCAGCCUGCAGGCAGGGUGUCCUUCCUCCCUUGGAGCCCAGGUUGGGCAUUUGUGGAGUGAAGAUUGAUGUGUUUUCAGUUCUGAGAUGUGCAAUUGAGCAGAGGCCUCGGGGCCAGUGAGGCCAGGCUGCCAUGAAGCCCCAUUCUCAAGAGCUGCAAAAAGGAAAGAAAAUCCUCACAAUGCUCGAAGAAAAUAGGAGAGGAAAUAACUGCAGUUAAGACACACCAAGAAACAACCAGGCUUGUUGUUAUUUUUAUUUUUCUUUGUUUGUUUGCUUGUUUUGAAGUGCUAGGGAUAGAGCCCAGGGCCUUGUGCAUAUAGGCAAGUGACCUACCACGGAGCCACACCCCAACCCCAAUGGCCAACAGUUUACAUACAAUAAGAUUCACUCUUUAGCAUACAGCUCUGUGGGUUUCAGAGUCACAUGGUGUGCAGUCACCUCAAUCAAGCAUACGACCUGCCUCAGCACCCACAGCUCUCCAUGCCCAAAUGAGAAGCCCUAACCCUGCAUACCCUGCUUUGUUUUCUGUUGCAUGGCUUCACCAUUCCCAGAAUCUCAUCCUGUGGAGCCAUUUCAAUCUGGUGUUUUUUACUGAAUGUAUUGGAGAGUCACCAUGUUGUUGCAUGUAUCCGUAGUUCAUUCUUUUUACUGCCCAGCAGCAUUCCAUGUUAUGGAUAUAUGGAUGGAGCUGUUCAUCCAUUCUGCCAUUAAGGGAUUUUUGAGUGUUCCCAUUUAUAGCAUAUAAGAAUAAAGUACCUAUAAACAUGUAA